CCUUAAUUAAAACACACAGAAAAACAACGAAGACAAUAGGAGAUUAGCCACCGAGGAAAGCGAUCCAAUCCAACCCGCAAUCUUAGAACCGCAGUUAUAGCGUUAAGCAUCGUGAGUUGCAAACUUGCACUACCAGAGCUCACACCGAUAAAGCAGAAAGAGUUAGAGGGGGAGAGGUUUAGUGAGAGAAAGGAAUAUGAAUAAGAGGAGAAGAGGUGAGACGGCAUUAAAUCACUUUUCCUCGCCACAAAAUCUGUCCUUAACUUAUGAACUUUGAUAGUUGUACAGUAUACCCACUGACGACUUGUUUAUAUGCAAAUGCUAUACAUGAUUUAAACGUGCAUACACAAAAUUCAAGUUGUGGUGGGAUCCUUUUGAGGAAAAUUUUCGUAUCUUAUUCAGUACGUAAAUGGCAGCGCAUUGAUCGAUCGAAUUGGUUUUCGCGUUGAAGGAUCGGAGAAUCUAAGUUUGUCGAGGCAGGGAGGAUCGUUUCGAUUUUGUUAAUUCGUUAGGCGUGGGUAUAAGAGCUAAGGAAGCGAAGAAUCUCAGAUGGUGAUGGAAGAAAACGAGAGUUGCGGCAGUACUGGCUGUGGCGUGGCCGACUCAUCGGCGCCUGCUAACACUAGACAUCACGCAAAAAAGGUUGAGGUUUACAAUGAGGUUCUGCGGCGGCUCAAGGAUCUCAACAACCACGACGCCCAACUUCCUGGUUUCGAUGAUCAGCUCUGGGCUCACUUUAACCGCCUGCCUACUCGGUAUGCAUUAGAUGUCAACGUGGAAAGGGCAGAAGAUGUUCUCACCCACAAAAGACUUCUGCAUCUCGCAUGUGAUCCUACCAAUAGGCCUGCCUUUGAUGUUCGGCUGGUGCAGGUUGCCCCAGUAUCUGAUGUGAACUCAUUGGAGUCUGUCUGUUUGAACUCUCCUGAGAAAGAAGUCACACGGAGCAUCCAUCCACCACCUUCCUUCGGCUCUUCUCCUAAUCUUGAAGCUCUUGCUCUGGAAGCAAGCAAAUCCCAAGUUCAGGAAGGGGAUACUACUCUUCAACCUUCGGCAAAACUGUCAAGGUAUAUAGCACAGCCCAUGCAUGAAAUUACAUUUUCAACAGUUGACAAGCCAAAGCUCCUCAAUCAGUUGACUUCAUUGCUAGCUGAACUUGGAUUAAACAUUCAGGAAGCACAUGUCUUUUCCACUAUUGAUUGCUUCUCCUUGGAUGUCUUUGUUGUUGAUGGUUGGCCUUAUGAGGAAACUGAGCUACUACGAGCUGCACUGGAAAGGGAAGUUUUGAAAGUUGAGAAACACUGGUGGCAAAAUAAAAAUUCUUCGCAGUCAUUGAGUGAAGGUGAGCAUAACCAUAUGGUGAUCAAAUGUGAGCCUGAUCACUUGACAAUACUAAAUGAUGUUACUGAUGUCUGGGAAAUUGAUCCUCAACUUCUAAAAUUUGAGUACAAGAUUGCGUCGGGUUCAUAUGGUGAUCUAUACAAAGGCACAUACUGCAGUCAGGAAGUUGCUAUCAAAAUUUUGAAGUCUGAACGUGUGAACACAGAAUUGCACAAGGAGUUUGCUCAAGAAGUGUAUAUUAUGAGAAAAGUUCGACACAAAAAUGUCGUGCAAUUCAUCGGAGCUUGCACUAAGCCUCAAAACUUGUGCAUAGUUACAGAAUACAUGUCUGGAGGAAGUGUAUAUGACUAUUUGCACAAACAAAAGGGAAGUUUCAAACUCCCGGAUUUGCUUAAAGUAGGAAUUGAUGUGGCAAAAGGGAUGAAUUACCUGCACCAGAAUAACAUUAUACACAGGGAUUUGAAAGCUGCCAAUCUUUUGAUGGAUGAAAAUGAAGUUGUCAAAGUGGCUGAUUUUGGUGUUGCCAGAGUUAAAGCACAAAGUGGAAUCAUGACAGCAGAAACUGGGACAUACCGUUGGAUGGCCCCUGAGGUUAUAGAACACAAGCCCUAUGAUCAAAGAGCUGAUGUUUUCAGUUUCGGCAUUGUGUUAUGGGAGUUAUUGACUGGAAAGCUUCCAUAUGAGUACCUAACACCAUUGCAAGCUGCUAUUGGUGUGGUCCAGAAGGGACUACGACCUACUUUACCCAAGCAAACUCAUCCCAAGCUUGCUGAGCUGCUUGAGAAAUGCUGGCAACACGAUCCUACUUGUAGACCUGAUUUUUCUGAGAUUACAGAAAGUUUGCAGCAAAUGGCAAAGGAGGUUUGAUGUUCCGCCAGCAACGGAGAGUGACAAUGCCAUUCGAUCAUUCAGACCCAUUUGAUUCGCUCGCUGGAAAUAUUUGAGUGGAAAUAAAAUUAAAAUUAAAAUUAAAAUUUCAUAGAAAAGCAAUUACUAGAAAUAUUGAUUUCAUUGUUUGGUUAGUGAAAAAAAAAAAUUACUGAGAAUAUUGAUUUUAUUGUUUGG